AUGGGUCUGACAUUGGAUUUGUCUAAUACACUCUAUAUUGCCGAUUGGUACAAUAACCGCGUGCAAGCUUGGUUGCAGGGUGCGUCGACUGGUAUCACUGUCGCUGGUGGUUCAAGUGGAGUAUCGGGCUCUACUGCGAAUUAUUUGAACAUGCCUUCUGACGUUGCUGUCGACUCGAAUGGAAAUGUCUAUGUCUCAGAUACACUCAAUAAUCGAGUUCAAUUUUGGGCUAAGAGUGCAUCCUCGGGUACAACAAUUGCCGGGCUCGGUAAGGAGAUAUAUUGUGAAACAUUUAUUUAUAUUUGUUUGUAUCACUUUGAGAUUUUAUUAUCGAAUGGACUUUUCUUAUACAAUAACAUGCAUUCGAGUAUUUAGGAGAGGAGCAUAUAGGCAAUCGUCCAAAACAUAAUUUUUUUUCAAAAUUAUAUUGUUCCAGCGAACUUUUCGAAAAAGUUGUAUGAUACACAUUGAUGUCUAAUAGAUUUUAUGGCCUUAACUUGCAUAUGUCCAAUGACUAAAAAGAUUCUUAGUGCGUCACCGAUAACUUGGGUGUUGCAGACAUGAAAGAAAACGUUUUGAUCUGCUCUAGUCGUUCUUGUUUUCGUACGAAUCACUUCUCAUAGUUAGUGUUAAACGUUUUGUCUAUUUCUUUGCGAGUAAAGAAACCAAGAUCUGAAUUAUUUGUCGCAAACUACAUGAAACUAAGAUAUAAAUCUUCGUUCUGUAAAACAACAAACUAGUGAAAAUGCAGCAAAAUGUUGCAAAAAAAGAAUGGGGAUAACGCAUCGACAUUGCAGAAAACAGAGUCAUAUUUAAUAUUAAAAAUGAAAAAUUUCAGUUAACAUUUAAUCUAUGAAAAAUUAAAUAAUUAAGUAAAUUUUCGAUCGAAUCGAAGUGUUCUGUCUACAGAAGAGUUAGUACUUCGCAAUUGUGAAUUUUGGUGAAGUUUCAUCCAACUUGAUUAUCCUACUUAUGAAACUUCAUAAAAACUCAAGGCGGAUCGAGCUAGAUCUGAAAUCCUAUUUUCAAGAUUUUCAAAAUGGACCAAGAAUGAGAAAGAAGUGAAAUGAGAAUCCAUAGGUAUAAGACCUGCUUUACUUCAAUUUAAUAUAUUUGUACCUCAAUACAACUUCAAUGCACUUCAGCCUAUGUCAAUACUUAAAAAUUCUAUUUCAAGUAGCGCUUCUUCUAUCUUUUGAUUAGAGUACAAUACGGUUAACCAUCAUAACUUUAAAGUCAAUUUAGUUCGUAAAAUACUUUUAGCAGCACAACAAUUUUGAAGCAGUACUAACUUUCUCAGCGAUGACAUACAACAGCUAAGUCCUUCAACCUUCUUACUGUCAAAGAAAGCUACACAUCAUAUAACUUUAGCUUUUGAGUAGCUGCAUCGGGUGAGAUGUCCCAAUAAAAUAAAUGUGGAAACCUCGGACUUAAGUCCGAGAGUUAUGUGUACUUCAAAAAGUGAACGAGACAAAUCAGUCAUCCUAGAAUGUGUGGAUCAGAGAUGUUGAUCGUUUCUUUUUUUUUUGACCCGACCUGUCAACCCGACCCGUUGGGGAUCGAACCCGGCCCGCUUCACGGGUUGAAUGAUUUUUUUUCGAUCCGUGCCAACCCGUGACGGGUUGGUAAUUCUUCAA